UUUCUCACCACAAAAAAAAGGAAUGCCUCGGAGAUCGACUAAACAGUUGCAUUUUGGAGAAUUGGGAACUUUUCCUUUUAUGCACUUGUUGUUCGUAACUUGUAGUUUUCGGUUCCAUAUCUGCUCUUAUAACCGUUGGAAACAUGUUUCCUAUUUCAAUGGUAAAACACUUGUUUACAAUCCAACAACUACAAACAAGACAUGGUCAUCUUUCUUUCCACCCAAGGCUAACAAGUUUCAAAGUAACAUACUGAAUCUUCAUAUGACUACUGCAACUUCUAGCAAAAAGAAAUCUUUAAAGGAUCUUUCUGCAGCAGAUCUCAAGGGUAAAAGGGUUCUGGUCAGAUGUGAUCUGAAUGUGCCGCUAGAUGGUAAAAGUAUCACGGAUGAUACCCGAAUUAAGGCAUCUCUUCCUACUAUUCAGUAUCUAAUAAAUCACGGAGCAAAAGUCAUCUUAUCUUCUCAUCUCGGAAGACCAAAGGGUGGUUUUGAAGAUCGCUACUCUUUAGCUCCAGUGGCAGAAAGACUCGGUCAGUUACUCGGAAAGAGUGUCAGAAUGGCUCCUGAUUGUAUUGGUGACCAAGUAAAUAAUAUGGUUCUUGCUAUGAAUGAUGGAGAUAUCAUUCUGUUGGAAAACGUUCGUUUUUACACCGAAGAAACUGACAAUGAUCCGGAUUUCAGUCGCAAACUGAGCAUGAAUAUGGAUCUUUACGUCAACGAUGCUUUUGGUUCAGCACAUCGAGCGCACGCUUCCACAGAAGGAGUCACACAGUUCAUUCGUCCAGCAGUCGCUGGUUUCCUGUUGGAAAAGGAAUUGGAAUACUUACAGAAUGCUAUACAAAAUCCUGAGAGACCAUUUGCUGCUAUCAUCGGAGGUUCCAAAGUAUCUUCCAAAAUUGGUGUUUUAAAAUCACUUAUCGAAAAGUGUGACGUAAUUAUUAUUGGAGGUGGUAUGGUUUUCACUUUUCUAAAAGCAAGAGGACUAUCAGUAGGUUCUUCUUUGGUAGAAGAAGACAAGUUGUAUUUGGCAAAAGAAAUAGAACAAAUGGCGGCACAAAAAAAGGUGGAACUUAUAUUUCCACUUGACCUACUUGUUGCAGACAAAUUUGAUAACCAUGCAAAUGUCAAAACAGUGUCUUUCUCUCAAAUUGAGGAAGGUUGGAUGGGACUGGAUAUUGGUCCGGCUACUAUAGAAAUGAUCGAGUCAGCUCUUGCCAAAUGUAAAACCAUACUAUGGAAUGGACCUAUGGGAGUUUUUGAAAUGGAAAAUUUUGCUAGAGGGACCUUUCAAGUUGCUCGAAUAUUAGCAAAGUUAACAGAACAAGGCGCAAUAACUAUUAUUGGAGGUGGAGACUCGGUUGCAGCAGUUGAAAAAGCAAACUUGGCUGAUAAAAUGUCUCAUAUCUCCACAGGAGGAGGUGCUUCUUUGGAGUUGAUCGAGGGUCGUGUUCUUCCAGGUGUCGCUGCUUUGGAUGAUGCUUAAGAACAUUUGGAAACCAAUAAAGUGUGGUUUUUUGUGGGGUUCGAAUGAGAAUGCUCGAUAUUCCAUCGAUUGGAGGUUCAGAGAACGGAUUGCUAUAAAAGAGUCAAAUUGUAU